AAGCCGGAAGUGUCGAAACCGGAAGUGCCGAUGGAGCGGCCGCAGGAUCUGCCCCUGUGUCGCUGUUUUUGGGGCUCCCUGGAGCUGCCCCCGGCCCAGGUCGACGCUCGGGGGCGGCUCCGAAGCUCCGGCAGCGAAAACGUCCCAGGGAGGCUGAGGAGAGCGGCGGCGCGGGUGCUGCUCCCCCAGGGAUUCCCCGAGAGCGUCAGCCCCGACUACGCCCGGUACCAGUGCUGGGACAGCCUGCAGGCUCUCUGCUCCACCCUGGCCGGGUCUCUCUCCACCCGCGCUGUGCUCGAGGCCGUCGGGGUCGGCGACGGCGCCGCCACCGUCACGGGAGCCACGCUGACCUGGCUGCUGCGGGACGGGGUCGGGAUCGUCACCAGGAUCCUCUUUGUGUGGCUGCAGGGGAGCCACCUGGACUGCGAGGCCAAGCAAUGGCGGUUCGUGGCCGAUCUGCUCAAUGAUGUCGCCCUGCUGCUGGAAAUCCUGGCUCCCCAUUGGCUGAGCCUCGGCCCCGCCCUGCUGGUGAUGGCGGCGGUGGCCAGGUGCGUGGUGGGCGUGGCUGGCGGCGCCACCCGGGCGGCUCUGGCCGUGCACCAGGCCCGGAGGGACAACGUGGCCGACGUGGCCGCCAAGGACAGCAGCCAGGAGACUCUGGUGAACGGUGCUGGGCUGCUGCUGUCGCUGCUGCUCCUCCCCCUGCUGGACGGGCGGCCAUGCCUCACCUGGGCCGUGCUGCUGCUGCUCCUGGCCGCUCACCUGGCCUCCAACCUGGCGGCCCUGGCCUCCCUGAGCCUGACCUCCCUGAACCGGCCCCGCCUCCGCCUCGCCAUUGGCUGGGCCCUCAGAGGGGGCGGGGCCAAGGGGGAAAGGGGCGUGGCCUGGGAAGGGAGGGGCGGGGUCAGCAUGGAGCUGCCCCGCCCCCAACAGGUGAAUCCCAGGGAGCCGCUGCUGCCAGGGUUCGGUUCCCGCCUCCGCCUCCACCUGGGGGCGCCCUUGGAGCAGCUGGUGAGCAGCGAGGCCGAAUUCCAGAAAGCUCUGGAAUGUGGGAACCCCGAUUACAUCAUCGUGCUCCGCCCCUCCCAAGGCUGGGUGGGGGUUGGGCUGCGCCGUGGGGCCCCCCCUGAGACCCCAAUUUUGGGCUGUGCCCAGGCCCUGCUGCUGGAGGAGCUGCUGGGGGAGGAUUUGGGGUCUGGGACCCCCCUGGGGAAACUCCUGGGACCCCUCCAGAGACGCCUCAAGAGCUGCCCGCCGGGCGCGGUUCCCUGGGGGAUCCUGGCCGAGACCUCGCGGCUCUUCCGGGACCUUGGCCCCGCCCUCCUGCGAGGGCUGGAGGCCGCCGGGUGGGACACGCAGCGUCCCCUGCUGGCCGUGGACGAAUGGAGGCUGGAGUGGGCGGGGCCGGAGCGAGGCCACGCCCCCUGAGCGAGGCCACGCCCACCGGGAAUCGUGGCGGGAAAUAAAAAUAAAAAAAAAAUUUUGUAAUUUUGCUG